AUGAAGGGAGAAGAGUUGCACUCUUCAACACAAACUGGAAUGAAUCAAAAUCAAGCUAUUGUUGCAAUUAACGCUUCAAGUGACCAAUCAACACCGAAUCAUCAACCUCAAUCUCCUGCUAAACGGGUGCUAGACUACUUCGGGUACAACAUGGAUAGAGAUUCACCAAGUGAAGCACGACACACCAUGCUUGUGAUAGCUGUACUUAUCGCAAUUGCAACCUAUCAAACCGUGCAUAGUCCUCUAGGUGGUGUGUGGGCCGAUGAUUCUAUGUCUAGCAACAACAAUAUCAACAACAAUGUUUCUAAACCACAUAAAGCAGGACAGGCAAUCAUGGGUUCUAAAAAUUGGGUAUCUUAUGGUUUGUUCAUUUUAUUCAACCCAAUUGGGUUUUUUACCUCUCUUCAAAUGAUCUAUUGCCUCACAAGUAGAUUCCUUUUGCAAUUGGAAUUGCAAAUUGCAAUGUUUGCACACAUAGUAACAUAUGAUACUUGUAUGGCUGCCAUUACAUCGAAUGACAAGUUGUGGAUUUUCUUUACUGUUAUUUCCUCCCUCUUACCCAUACUAAUACUGAUUACAACCAGGGUGGCAAGGAACUAUCAGAAGAAGGCAAGGACUGCAAUACUAGUUCUGGAAGAACUAUAUUAA